CGAGCAGAGAAGCCUGCUGGAGAAGUGUGCAGCCACAGCCCUGAGCUCUAAGCUCAUCUCCCAGAGCAAGGAAUUCUUUUCCAAGAUGGUCGUAGAUGCCGUUAUGAUGUUAGAUGACUUGUUACAACUCAAAAUGAUCGGGAUAAAGAAGGUGCAAGGAGGUGCUCUGGAAGACUCUCAGCUGGUGGCUGGUGUUGCCUUUAAGAAGACGUUCUCUUACGCUGGCUUUGAAAUGCAGCCCAAGAAAUAUCAGUCUCCCAAGAUUCUGCUGAACGUGGAGCUGGAGCUCAAGGCUGAGAAGGACAAUGCUGAAGUCAGAGUAAACACGGUGGAGGAUUACCAGGCCAUUGUGGACGCCGAGUGGAACAUCUUAUAUGACAAACUAGAUAAAAUCCACAAGUCUGGAGCCAAAGUUGUCCUGUCCAAACUUCCCAUCGGUGACGUGGCUACUCAGUACUUUGCUGACAGAGACAUGUUUUGUGCUGGCCGUGUCCCGGAGGAAGAUCUCAAACGAACUAUGAUGGCCUGUGGUGGUUCCAUUCAGACAAGUGUCAACGCCCUCUCGGAUGAUGUCCUGGGCCGAUGUGAGCUCUUUGAGGAGACUCAGAUUGGAGGGGAGAGGUAA